AGCUCCCAGGUUUUUCCCCCUACUUUUCCUGUGGAACGGAGAGGCUGAGUGUGUGCCAGCAUGGCAGAAAAAGUCAACAACUUCCCUCCCCUGCCGAGGUUCAUCCCCUUGAAGCCAUGUUUCUACCAGGACUUUGAUGCGGAGAUCCCGCCGCAGCACCGUACCAUGGCCAAGCGGCUUUACUACCUCUGGAUGCUGAACAGCAUCACCUUGGCAGUGAAUCUCGUUGGCUGCCUCGCAUGGCUGAUUGGAGGCGGUGGAGCUGUUAAUUUUGGACUGGCAAUUCUCUGGCUCAUUCUCUUUACGCCCUGCUCCUAUGUCUGCUGGUUUAGACCUAUUUACAAAGCUUUCAAGACAGACAGUUCCUUCAGCUUCAUGGCUUUCUUCUUCACCUUCAUGGCCCAGCUGGUGAUCAGCAUUAUCCAGGCAGUGGGAAUCCCUGGCUGGGGCGUCUGCGGCUGGAUUGCAGCGAUUUCCUUCUUCGGGACCAACGUGGGGUCGGCCGUGGUGAUGCUGAUCCCCACCGUCCUGUUCACGGGGAUGGCAGUCUUCUCCUUCAUCGCUCUCACUAUGGUGCAUAAAUUUUACCGGGGGAGCGGCGGGAGCUUCAGCAAAGCCCAGGAGGAAUGGACCACGGGGGCGUGGAAGAACCCCCACGUCCAGCAGGCAGCACAGAGCGCGGCGAUGGGGGCGGCGCAGGGGGCCAUGAUGCAGCACGAGACGCAGUACUCGGCCACCCCGAACUACACCUACUCCAACGAGAUGUGAGCAGCGGGACUCUGUCCUCGGGCGAAAGAUCUGGGGGGAAGGGAGGAGGAGGAGGAAGGAGGCUGAGCCGAGUUUCUGCAGCUAUUUCAGAAAGUCGGAGUGUACUAUAACAGUUCUUCUUUUCCCGUUCUUUGUAACAAGAUCGUUUUGGAUUUUUUUUUUUCCUCCCCGUUACUGUCUUAUCUCUUCUUUUCUCUUUCAUUUUUUCUUUUUGAAGAGGCUGUGAGUUGACCUG